AUGGCUUCCUUGGUAAACGACAAAGCCAGUGCCAUUAGAAGGUUCCAAAGAAAACUAAACCUCGAAAACAUCUUUCACUUGUUCAACGUUGGUGCCGCGAUUUUGCUCUUCUCACACUCCUUUUCCUUCCCCAUCACCCUCCAAACACUCUCCCAUCUCUACCACACAUUGAUUCCAUUCUGCCACAAUUCUUUCUACGCUUUUCUUCUGCUAAACGCCAUUAUCCUCUUCCUCUUCGCACUCUCCAAUAACAAAAACAACGACAACAACAACAUUGGUGGUGCCAGCACCGACGUCUACAACGAAAUCCUCAACGACAACGUGUCUCACCUCAUCGUAACCGUUUCGCAGGAACAACCUCGUACCGUAGAGAAAGAAGUCGCCGCUACUGUCUCGCCGGCUUUCGAGGAAACCGUCCCAGCGGUUACCGAGACGACGACGGCGUGCAGUUGCACGACGGUGAUGAAGGAGAUGGAGGGAGAGGCGGUUUGGGUGUCGGAGAAGAAGUGCUACCGGAGAGUUCAGUCGGAGAGUUACGAGCGGCGGAUGGUGGUGGCGGCGGCGCGGGGUGAGUUGAAGCGAUGGAAGACAGUGGGAUUGAGGAGGCCGUUUGAGAGUCAAUUGCGGUGCGUGGAAGAGUUGAGUGAAGAGGAAUUCAAUCGUGCGGUUGAGGAAUUUAUCGCUAUGCAUAAGAGAAUGCAGUGGGAAGAACAACUAGGCUCCAACAAAACACAGGAUUUGGCCUGCACUCCAUCAAAUUAA